CUUGAAGGCAGCAUCUCUGUACCGGCGGGGAGAAGGAAGAGAGGCACCAGCCGCUGUACACCGGGAAAACAUACCUAAGUAUACCAAGCAGAGGGGAUGAUACAUGUCUCCUCUGAUUUCUGACAAGAGGGAUUGCCGUUUUAUCUUUUCCUUGUUGGACUUUCAUGGAUAACUAAAGGUGGACUGUCUCAACGUGACGGGCAGGCUCUGGUUUGGCUUGUUUGGAGGGGUAAAGAUGCAACAUUUUCCUCGCCUCUGUUUGUGAGAGGAGAAGAGGUGGAGAAGAAGAAGAAGAGGGAAGGUUUGACAGACGCUCGAGCCCAGAGACGCAGGAGUGGAGGGUUAUCCAGCCAAAAAAAGAAAUACAGAACAAAUAUCCCUGUCCAUUUUUGGAGACACCAAGGCGAACACAAGCGAAAACAGAGGAGAGGAGACACGUACUUUGCAAAACGACACAGAGGAGAGGCUUAUAAGGAGGGGGAGAAAAGCCAAAGAGAGGGAAAUUCAGAAUGAAGAAAGGAUGCAACCCGGAGGAAGUGUGGAUUUGACUCUUUCCCUGCCUUUCUAACACUCUUUUGCAAGGGAAGGGGACGAAAUACAGAGCUAUUGACAAGCUUCGCUACAACCCAGCGGAGAGUGGAUUUAAAGACAGAGACAACCUGUGUGCCCGUCCCAUCUCCUCCUCUGUCUCCGUUUUCUCUCUGUGGAUGUCGACUAAAUUCAUUUUUUGGACAUGAAGGAUUUAUCUAGUCUACAUUAGGAGGAGGCAAAGAAAACGCACUCGUCUCUCUCUCCCCCCCUCUCUCCCUCUCUCUCUCUUUCUCUCUCUCUCUCUCUUUCUCUCUCUCUCUCUCUCUCCCCCCCCUCUCCGUCUCUCUCCCUCCGUUUUCUGGAUGUGAAGCAGCAUGCGGCCCGGUGAGAGCUUAGAGGGCUCGUGCUCGGCUCGCGGAAGAUGUAUUGAUGUUAAUAAUAUUACCAAUAGCGGCACGGAACGCUGUCUCGCGCACCUCUCGUCGGCAAAGAGGAGGAUGAAAAGGGGAAUGACGAAGUGGAGGAUGAGAGGGAUGAAUGAGAGGAUGACAGACGGAGGAAUGACGGUGAUGCGCUGUUUUCUGUGGAGUCUCGUUCUCUGCUCGCUCUCUUCGCACGCGCAAGGUUUCAUCUAUACAUGUGGCGGUACACUGAAGGGCCGAAAUGGCAGUAUAGAAUCGCCAGGCUUCCCCUAUGGCUACCCUAAUGGGGCAAACUGUACCUGGGUCAUUGUCGGGGAAGAAGGAAGUCGAAUCCAGCUGAUGUUCUUGUCCUUUGCCAUAGAAGAAGAAUAUGAUUUCUUGUCCUUGUAUGAUGGACACCCACACCCUGCUAACUUCAGAACCAGGCUAACGGGCUUCCAGGUUCCUCCCCCGGUCACCAGUACAGGAAAUGUCUUCUCUUUGAGGUUGACCAGUGACUUCGCAGUCUCUGCACAUGGCUUCAAACUCAACUAUGAAGGCAAAGAGUACAACGGCUAA